UUAAUUAAAAAAGAAAAAAAAGAGGUGCUGCAAAAAACCAAGCAAAAUCAUGACUUUCCAGUUUUCAAUUCACCCACUUGCAGUGAUCCAUGUUUCUUGAACCAAUUGCCCCACCGCAAUUUUAAUUAAUUUAUUGAUUAAUUAAAAAUCCCGUCUUUUUUACUGCAAUAUGAAACGAGAUCGUGAUCGUGGUGGGAAGGCGGCGGCGGUGAGUGGUGGCACCACCGCCGGAAAGGGGAAGAUGUGGGCGGAGGCGGAUGCCGGCAUGGACGAGCUACUGGCUGUAUUGGGCUACAAGGUGAAGUCUUCUGACAUGGCGGAUGUGGCGGAGAAGCUCGAGCAAUUGGAGGUGGCGAUGGGGACCACCGCCAUGGAAGAUGGUGUUUCUUCUCUUUCCACUGAUACCACUGUUCAUUACAACCCCUCCGAUCUUUCCGGCUGGGUCGGCAGCAUGUUGUCUGAGCUCAGCGUGAUUCCCGACCAAAUCGGGGUUUCCGGCGGUGGUAAUCUUAUCAACGACGAUGAUUUGAGAGCGAUUCCUGGUGGGGCUAUUCUUGGCAAUGAUUCCGAGAGUGCGAAGAAGAGGAUUAAAUUUGAUUCCCGGGUUGAAUUUCUCGAAAACGGUUGUUCGGCGGUGGUGCUGGUGGAUUCGCAGGAGGCGGGGGUGAGGCUGGUGCACACGUUAAUGGCGUGCGCGGAGGCUGUCCAGCAGGAGAACAUGAAACUCGCCGAUGCUCUGGUGAAGCACGUCGGGAUACUGGCGGAGUCGCAGGUCGGCGCCAUGAGGAAAGUCGCCGCCUGUUUCGCGGAGGCGCUUGUUCGGAGAAUCUACAAGAUUCGCCCCCAGCCGGAGGAGAAUUCGUCCUACGCCGAUGUUCUGGAGAUGCACUUUUACGAAACGGCGCCGUAUCUGAAGUUCGCGCACUUCACGGCGAAUCAGGCGAUCCUGGAGGCUUUCGCCGGAGCUUAGAGGGUCCACGUCAUCGACUUCGGUUUGAAGCAGGGUAUGCAGUGGCCUGCUUUGAUGCAGGCUCUGGCUUUGCGGCCCGGUGGGCCGCCGGCGUUCAGGCUGACCGGGAUCGGGCCGCCGCAGCCCGACAACACCGAUGCUUUGCAGCAGGUGGGGUGGAAAUUGGCGCAGCUGGCGGAAACAAUUGGAGUUGAAUUCGAGUUUCGUGGAUUCGUGGCGAAUUCUUUGGCGGAUUUGGAUGCGAAAAUGCUGGAUAUUAAGCCGGGUGAUUACGAGACGGUGGCGGUGAACUCUGUGUUCGAGCUACACCGGUUGUUGGCCCGGCCCGGAGCGGUGGAGAAGGUGCUGGGUUCGAUUCGGGCCAUGGGCCCGAAGAUAGUGACGGUGGUUGAGCAGGAGGCGGACCACAACGGGGUUGUGUUCAUGGACCGGUUCAACGAGUCGCUGCACUACUACUCGACGAUGUUCGACUCGCUGGAGGGGUCCGGGUUGACUCAGCCCGACGGCGGCGGCGGCGGCCAGGAUCUGUUCAUGACGGAGGUGUACCUGGGGCGGCAGAUAUGCAACGUGGUGGCGUGCGACGGCGCCGAGCGGGUCGAGCGGCACGAGACGCUGGCGAAGUGGCGGCGGCGGAUGGGCUCGGCCGGGUUCGAACCGGCCCACCUGGGGUCCAACGCGUUCAAGCAGGCCAGCAUGCUGCUGGCGCUCUUCGCCGGCGGAGAUGGGUACAGGGUGGAGGAGAACGACGGUUGCUUGAUGCUGGGUUGGCACACGCGGCCGCUCAUCGCCACCUCAGCUUGGAGGCUGACGGAGGUGGAGUGAUUGUAAGUCAACUGCGUUUCGUGAAUCCACUGAGUUAUGAGCCAACUCGGAACACUGCCGCCACAGCGAGUGGGUAUGAGCUGAGUUGGUAGAGAGAGAGAGAGAGAGAGGGUGAGUGAGACUGAUAGAGAGAGAGACAUACCUAAAAUUGAGUCAAUUCCUGUCUUUUACUUUUCACCAAGUCAGCUUUUUUUCUAUUUUUAUCUUUAAAAAAAAAAAGAAAAAAAAAAACAACAAAUCCCCUUUUUUCGUACAUUAUUGUAACGUUAUGAAAUUACUUUCAUUUCUAAUUUUGUGUUUUUUGAA